AUGUGGAGCCCGGCAACAUCCGAUGUCCAGGAGCAUCUAGUCCAGAACCCCGAGCGGCUGAACUCAGCCGCACGCAAUGCUCGAGGUGAGGUUGCAAGGAGGAACCUCGGAUCUUUUCAACGUUCAUGGGGUCAAAUCGAGGCUGCACGUCCGCGUGAUCCAGAUGUUGGAACGAAAAUCGAGUGGUUGAGCACAGCACCAAACGGCGACUACUGCGUGUUGCUCAAGGAUGAAUCCUACGUGGAACUGACGUGCUUCCUAGUGUUGACGAAUCGUGAUGACCUGGUCAGCGCGAUCCAGCAGCAACAGCAGCGCGACCCGGAUACUUGCGUCGAGCAUGUGAGCUUCUCUCACCAGGGCGCCUGGCUGAUGCGGUUUAGCGAUGACACGAUCCAGCUCUCUCGACAGGGAAGUUUCCCUGACACCUUCUACAGCGACCUCGGACCUUAUCUUGACCUCAGCACUGUUGCGCCUUACGAUAGACAAGUGUCGGUGAUCAAGAAUGCAUGGUUUGGGUACAAUGACUCGGUCAUUAUCCAGACAGAACGGAAGAUUCUCUGGGUCAAUCUGUCAGAUAAUUUGGAAAAGCUUCUCACCCAGAUCGAGACAAACGGGUAUUCGCUUGGUCGCGGGACCACGCUAUGCCCAUACAACAGUGACCGUUUCUUCUUUGAAGUCUUAGCUUUACACACCGAGGAGCCACAAUAUCCAUUCUCGGUGUCCGAGACUCAGUUCAGUUCGGAGUUCCUGAUGGAGGUUGUUCGCAACAGAAGACCAUCUCUUCAGACUAUCCAACAGCUGCCUUCCCACGCGACCAGCAAUGAAGCCGAUCCUCCCUCCGGUGCCGAACGAUCAGGCACACCGCCGCCUCCCUAUCCUGGCUCUGCACAGACACAACCCUCAACGGACGCAACGCCAUCAAUCCAAGAAGAGGGGCUCGAUCCUGGUGCGUCCGCAACAGAAAUACCAGAGGCAGCGAAGCAGGAAUACAAGAGCCAGUUCGCGAAGCACGCCUCCGGGAAGCCGUAUUUGUCCGGAAUGAUGGCAGCCGUCAUAUUCAUGGAGACGGGUGCCAGCCAAGACUUCCUGGAUAGGAUAUGGGACGAAACUGAUGCUGACCAGAACGGGCGUUUUGACGAGGCCGAGUUUGUCAACGCGAUGUGGUUGAUCAAGCUCCAUCUCGCCACCACAAUCCUAGUCGAGACAGAUCGGAGACAUCAGCACGGCAGUACUGCAGUAGCGACGGGGGUUCAAGCUGCUAGUGUCAAGGAGCUCGAAACCGACAUGCAAUGCACCUGCGACGCAUGCGGGCAGCUGAUCAAGUACGAUUCCUUCCUGUACCAUUGCCCAGUGUGCAAUGGUGGAAAUCUUGACUACUGCGAAGUCUGCUAUUCUGGAGGCAACAGAUGCCCGCAUGGAAUGGAGAAGGGUAUCAUAAGACCUGCCGAUGUGCAGGACUACCUCGUCUUUGACGAGGUGCCUUGUGAUCUCUGCGGCUAUCCGUGUGGUUUCGGAAGCUAUAUGUUCCAGUGUGGGCAAUUUGAUGACUAUGGGGAAUCAAGACAGAUUUGCGAGGAGUGUCUUGGUCACUAUGGUGGAGAUUGCGGGCACAAGCAGCAAAUUCUGCGAAUUACAGACGCUUUUAGUUCGACUCGACCCGAGGCGACAGGAUCGCAGUCCGCCUUUGUGUCUCAGCAAAGGAAACCCGCCAAUAUCAUCGAUAUUUCGUGGGAACAAGAGUCUAACAAUGUGCCUGAGUACCCUUGGAACCAUGAGCCCGAUGAUCAAGACAAGCCCAGCCGCAAGUUCCAGGACAUGAAGCUUCGGGAGUCACUGAUGAGUUCCAUCGUCUCGGAAAAGCCUAAUGUCAAGUGGGAAGACGUGGCUGGGCUUGAGUCAGCCAAGACUGAACUUCAAGAAGCCAUCAUCUUUCCGCUACGUUUCCCACAGAUGUUCAAGGGUAAGCGCAAGGCAAGAAGGGCGAUUCUACUCUACGGCCCCCCAGGAACCGGCAAAAGCUAUCUCGCCAAGGCGAUCGCCACCGAGGUGGAAUACACGCUAUUUAGAAUCAGUAGCAGCGAUGUGAUGUCCAAAUGGUAUGGAGAAAGCGAAACACUUGUUCGACAGCUGUUUAAACUAGCCCGAGAGAAGAAGCCCUCAAUAAUCUUCAUUGAUGAAAUCGAUGCCAUCUGCGCUAAUCGAGAAGGUGGUGCGAACGGCGGCAACGAAGACACGGCCCGGAUGAAGACGGAGUUUCUCGUUCAGAUGGAUGGGGUCGGUAACGAUAACGAGGGCGUGCUAAUACUUGCUGCCACCAAUUUGCCCUGGUCUCUGGACCCUGCAGUCCGACGCCGCUUCCAAAAACGUAUCCAUAUCCCUUUGCCGGACGAGAAUGCACGCAGGGCGCUUUUCAAGAUCCAUUCCGGAGAGUUGUGCCAGGGGUUUACGGAGCAAAAAUUUGCCGAGCUGUCUCGCAGGACUGAUGGCUUUUCCGGCAGCGACAUCGCCAAUAUUGUCCAGGACGCGUUGAUGGUCCCGGUCAAAAAGGUCCAUAGUGCAACUCACUUCCGGAGACUGCCUGCGUCCAAGGGAGCGUGGUUCACUCCCUGCUCGCCAUAUGAGCCUGGUGCGAUGCCCAUGACGUGGAAGCAGGUCCCUGCCGACCAAGUGAAAGAGCCGUCGAUAACGGCAGAGGAUGUCUUUCAGUGCUUAGGAGAUGGGAAGUCGUCAGUUGCGCCGGAGGAGCUCACAAAGUACACACAAUGGACGCAGCAAUAUGGGUCAGAGGGCGCUUAG